AGCGGUGCGGCACUGCAGCUAGCGCAGUUCUCACUGAGACCCGUCACCCGGACUCUACGUGAGACCCACCGCCCGGACUCACCAUGCGUGAAUGCAUCUCAGUCCAUGUGGGGCAGGCAGGUGUCCAGAUGGGCAAUGCCUGCUGGGAGCUCUACUGUCUGGAACAUGGAAUUCAGCCGGAUGGACAGAUGCCCAGUGACAAGACCAUUGGUGGAGGGGACGACUCCUUCACCACCUUCUUCUGUGAAACUGGUGCUGGAAAGCAUGUGCCCCGGGCAGUUUUUGUGGAUUUGGAGCCUACUGUAAUUGAUGAGAUCCGAAAUGGCCCAUACCGGCAACUCUUCCACCCCGAGCAGCUCAUCACUGGGAAAGAGGAUGCUGCUAACAACUAUGCUCGUGGUCACUACACCAUUGGCAAGGAAAUCAUUGACCCAGUACUGGACCGGAUCCGCAAGCUGUCUGAUCAGUGCACAGGACUUCAGGGCUUCCUGGUGUUCCACAGCUUUGGAGGGGGCACCGGCUCUGGCUUCACCUCACUGCUGAUGGAGCGGCUCUCUGUUGAUUAUGGCAAGAAAUCCAAGCUGGAGUUCUCCAUCUACCCAGCCCCCCAGGUGUCCACGGCCGUGGUCGAGCCCUACAACUCCAUCCUGACCACCCACACCACCCUGGAGCACUCAGAUUGUGCCUUCAUGGUGGACAACGAGGCCAUCUAUGACAUCUGUCGCCGCAACCUGGACAUCGAGCGCCCGACUUACACCAACCUCAACCGCCUCAUCAGCCAGAUCGUCUCCUCCAUCACAGCCUCCCUGCGCUUUGACGGCGCCCUCAACGUGGACCUGACGGAGUUCCAGACCAACCUGGUGCCCUACCCUCGCAUCCACUUCCCCCUGGCCACCUAUGCACCAGUCAUCUCUGCAGAGAAGGCCUACCAUGAGCAGCUGUCGGUGGCAGAGAUCACCAACGCCUGCUUUGAGCCUGCCAACCAGAUGGUGAAGUGUGAUCCCCGCCAUGGCAAGUACAUGGCCUGCUGCCUGCUGUACCGUGGAGAUGUGGUGCCCAAGGACGUCAACGCUGCCAUCGCUGCCAUCAAGACCAAGCGCAGUAUUCAGUUCGUGGACUGGUGCCCCACAGGCUUCAAGGUUGGUAUCAACUACCAGCCCCCUACUGUGGUGCCCGGGGGUGACCUGGCCAAGGUGCAGCGUGCCGUGUGCAUGCUGAGCAACACGACCGCCAUCGCUGAGGCCUGGGCCCGCCUGGACCACAAGUUCGACCUGAUGUAUGCCAAGAGGGCGUUUGUGCACUGGUACGUGGGCGAGGGCAUGGAGGAGGGAGAGUUCUCCGAGGCCCGGGAGGAUAUGGCUGCCCUGGAGAAGGAUUACGAGGAAGUGGGCAUCGACUCCUAUGAGGACGAGGAUGAGGGAGAAGAAUAGAACCACUGCCUGGAGCCCACUCACUAUGUUUAUUGCAAAAUCCUUUCGAAAUAAACAGUCUCCUUGCCCGGUU